AUGCACGGCUCUAAGAUCGCUUCGGGCCUGACCCGUCGCCAUAGGACACACUCCAAUGCUAGUAGCAAGUCGUCCGGGAGUGUUGGCGAUGUCGAAGACGACACCACUGUCAUGGAGCCCGACCAGGGAAACGUCCUCACCCACAUCAUCUCUCAACUCCGGCCAGGCGCCGAUUUAAGUCGCGUCGUGCUUCCUACCUUCAUUCUUGAGCCGCGGAGCAUGUUGGAACGAAUCACCAACUUCAUGUGCCAUCCGGAGAUGCUUCUUGGCAUCCCUGAUCUGGAGGACCCCGUCGACCGCUUCGUCUCCGUCGUAAAGUUCUACCUAAGUGGUUGGCACAUCAGACCACCUGGUGUAAAAAAACCUCUGAAUCCCAUACUAGGCGAGGUUUACUCUUGCUACUGGGAUUUGCCCGGCAGCAAGCGCGCAUACUACAUAUCCGAACAAACCUCACAUCAUCCUCCCAAGUCGAGCUACUUUUACAUGGCCCCUGAUCAUCACAUUCGCAUAGAUGGCACUUUGAAACCUAGGAGCAAAUUUCUUGGUAACUCGGCUGCUAGUAUGAUGGAAGGCGUUGCCGUCCUGAGCUUGUUGAACAGGGGGCAAGAUUCAAAAAGAGGAGAAAGAUAUUGGCUGACACAGCCGAAUAUGUAUGCCCGAGGGAUCUUGUUCGGAAACAUGAAGUAUGAGCUGGGUGAUCACAGUGUAGUCCGUUGUCCCGAAUUAGGUCUUACCGCCGACAUCGACUUCAAGGUGAAAGGAUGGGUUGGUGGCACGUACAACGCAAUUGGUGGCAACAUAAAGGACGAAAAGACUGGCCAAAUAUUAUUUGAAAUUUCAGGCCUUUGGAGCGAAGAAAUGUUCGUCAAAGACCUAAGAAAUGGCAAAAAGGAAAUGUUUUUCGAUGCUCGGAAAAUGAAACCCUCGAAACCCAAGGUCAGACCUAUCAAAGAGCAGCAGGAGCAUGAGUCACCGAGGUUAUGGCAAAGGGUAGCUCGAGCUGUCAAAGAUAAGAACCACGAGGUCGCCACUGACGAGAAGACCAAAAUUGAAGACAUGCAGCGAGAAGAAGCCGCGAAAAGAGCAGCAGCGGGUGUUGAUUGGCAUCCGAAGCUUUUUAGACCGAUUAAGCCUGAUAUUGAUGGCCAUGACGAAGAUAUGGAAAAACUAGAGUGGAUCAUCAAAGCGACGAUCGACGGUGAUACGCCUCAAAGGCAGGCUGAACAGAUUAUGGGUAUCUAUCCUAUAUUAGAAGGUCAGGUAACUCAUGAAGAGGUGAUACCUCCUCACCAUGCAUCACCGAGCACUGCCAAACCCCCUGCCAACGACAACAUGGACGGAGACUUGAUUGACUUUGGACAAAACGACGGCCCUACCCCAGCACAAACAAGCUCAUCAACGACAACUGGAAAACAUCCUUCGACCGAUAUCAGCAACAUGCUAGAAUCCACCGGUCAGAAAGCUAAUGGCCCCCUCCUGGACUUUUCAGGGGAUUUGAAAGAGAAUCUCCCCUCUGAGAAGGCUAGUGUGCCUCAAAUGAAGAGAGCAGAUACGCAGGAAAGCAAUGAUGCUUUCUUCGAUGCCGAAGAAUGA